CUGACUUCUGUUUGUCAAAUGGUGGUUUAUAGGUCGAUGUAGUUGUUGUUGGACGUAUUUUUGGUUUAUUUUACUAUAAAAUUAAUUAAUAGUUACAUUAAUUUAUUCUGUAAGAAUGUCGUACCAAUUAUACAGAAACACCACGAUUGGUAAUACGCUGCAGGAAAGCCUAGACGAACUCAUACAAUAUGGGCAGAUAACGCCUGGUUUGGCUAUGAAAGUGUUGUUGCAGUUCGAUAAGUCUAUCAACCAGGCAUUAUCGAAUAGAGUCAAGUCUAGACUAACCUUCAAAGCAGGAAAAUUAAAUACUUAUAGAUUUUGUGACAAUGUUUGGACGUUUAUGUUAAAUGAUGUAGAGUUCAGAGAGGUCCAAGAAGUGGCUAAAGUAGAUAAGGUUAAAAUAGUGGCUUGUGAUGGCAAGAAUGUGGAGGACCGAAGAUAGUGUUAAACUAGAAUUUUAAAAUUAAAUUAAUAACAAUGUACUUUCUCAAACAUGUAUCUCAAAAUAUUUGUUUUAAAUUACAAAUCCGUAACUCUUUGAAUGUAAUAUAAUCCUGUUUCAAUAUAUCUGGGUGUAUAUGUAUUUAAAUAUUUUUAAUACCAACCUUCAAGAAAUAAAUUAUGU